GAUUGGCCGUCUUCCUCCUCACAGCGCAGUAUAUUCGGGUCGUGCCAAAGAACGAGGAGGGAGGGGAUAUUUUAAUGGCCGUCAAUAGCACUACAAAAUGCAAAAAGUCCGGAUUAUCCACUAUAUUUAGACUACACUAGAUUGAGGAAUAUGUAACAUAAAGCAUCCAACAUGACAUCCAGAUUCGGUAAAACAUACAACCGCAAGGGAGGGGAGGCUAACUCUAAAUUUGACGAGGUCUUCAACAAUAAAAAGCCCACACUGACCACCAAAUGGGGGGAGACCACCUACAAGGCUCAAUUGGGGGCCAAAAGGCCUACUUUAAAACCGGAAGCGUCUGAGCUUUCCAAAAGGCCCAGGCUUGAGGACAGCGACAGCGAUGAAGACCCCUUUGGAUUUGACAGUGACGAUGAGUCCAAGAUCUUAUCCUCUCGCAGGGUCAAUGACGGGGCAGUGACAAAGACCACUGCAGUGCAGAGUGGUGGCACAUCCACUGUAACUUCUGCACAGGGGUCUGCAAACUCCGCUGCCAAGUUCACAACCAAGCAAACAUCUGAAAAUACCCAGUCCCAGUACAAAAGUACAGAUGCAAACCAAAAACCUGCAUGCAAGGCAUCCCUGACAAACACAGUCCCCUCUGCUGAACAUAACUUGUCAGUCCCCUCCGCUUCUAACAUAGUCACCUCCCUCAAACUGUCCAUUGACGCACCAGGAGGUAGCAGAGACUUCCAGACCUCUCCCUCUUAUGAUGAGUUGCCAUUGGAGGAUAAGAAAAGGGUUGAAUCGGAGCCGCAACCAGAACCAGUGGACAGCAUUCCCCCAUCUCCAUUCACCCUAAGGGCCUCUAACUGCAAGAAAUACCUGCGACCCACCCAGUCGAAGAAAGCGUCCUUUGAACCUGCUGAGAACAACGGCAACAAGCCUGCUGAAGCAGCGGCUGCCCAUGAAAAACCCAACAGUGCCCUUUCUGCUACCGCAAGUAAUACUGCUGCCAAUGCUAAACCAGCUGCCAAGCCCACAGGCAGGGGAGGCGGGAGGGUACGGGACUACACGGUUCUGCACCCUUCCUGUCUGUCGGUGUGCAACGUCACCAUCCAGGACACAGUUGAGCGGAGCAUUGACGAACUAGUCACCCCCGCCACUCCUGCUGACCUUGGAGAAGCAGGCCAGAUGAAGAAGAAGACAGAUGCUCCUGCAUCGACAUCUACCAGGUUCAGACAGGCCCAGACAAAGACCAAGAAGACCAAGACAGAGACCAAACUGGAAUUUUUUGGCUUCGAGGACAAGGAGGAUCAGGGGGGCGAGGAGGGUCCAGAAGGUGCCAUGGCAGGCAAGAGCAGCUACAAGAUCAAAUACUUUGGCUUUGAUGACCUGAGCGAGAGUGACAGCGAUGAAGAGAGCUGUCAGGCCAAAGAGAAGAAGGCCAAGAAGGCGGCGGCAGCCCUCGCUGCUCUGAGCUCUGGGGUGGACAGCCCUCACACCAGUGACUCUCAGGACAGCCAAGCCAGCAGCAACACAGAUGGAUUUGACUUCUCUGAGGACUCCAGUCCUGGCUGCGCUGAGGGGCAGAAAGGACGCUCGGGAAAGUCAAGCGACAAAUCCAAGGACACCGUUGGUGGACUCAAAAAGAUCUUCAGCGGACCCAAAAAGUCCCCUGCUAAAGCUGUGUACAACGCUCGUCACUGGAACCAACCUGAGAAUGAAGAGGUACCUGCGCCUCCACUGCCUCGAGCUCAGACUGCUCCGGCAAUUCUAUCGAGCAGCAGCAAGGACAGCAACUCCCAUAAAGAUGAUGGCUUGUUCAAAGCCCCUCCACCGCCGCCCAAAGUCAUUAAAUCUGAGACCCUCCCCACGCGGCUCAACCAGGAUAUUGUCACUGCGCUCAAAUGCAGGAAGGAGCACAAGGAGCUGUACACAGUGGUGCAGCACGUGAAACACUUCAAUGACGUUGUGGAGUUUGGGGAGAAUCAAGAGUUCACAGACGAUUUUGAGUACCUGGAGACGGGGCUGAAGAGCAGUCAGCCUCUCAACACAAGAUGCCUUAGUAUAAUCAGCCUGGCCACUCGGUGUGCCAUGCCUGGUUUCAGGAUGCACCUGCGGGCCAGAGGGAAAGUGGCACAGGUCUUCAAAAUGAUCAGUGAUGCUCCACAACACCCGAACCUUGCUCUGUGCACGGCUGCGCUGAUGUACAUCCUGAGUCGCGAUCGUCUGAACAUGGAUCUGGACAGGGAGUGUCUGGAGCUUAUGAUCAAGCUGCUGGAGCUGGACCACGACUACCCGGCCGACCAGGAUCAGCUGACCGCAAAGGAGGUGGAAAAGGUCAAGGAGAAGAUCAGGAAGCUCUGUGAGACGGUGCACAACAAGCAUCUCGACUUGGAAAACAUCACGACGGGUCAUCUCGCCAUGGAGACACUGCUCUCUCUCACCUCCAAGAGAGCAGGCGAUUGGUUCAAGGAAGAGCUGCGCCUCCUCGGCGGUUUGGACCAUAUCGUAGACAAAGUUAAAGAGUGUGUGGAGAACUUGAGCCAAGAGGAUGACAAGGAGAACCUAGUGGCGUCUUUAUGGGGGGCCGAGAGGUGUCUGAGAGUACUUGAGAGUGUGACCGUGCAGAAUCCGGAGAACCAGGGUUACUUGAUUGCCUACAAAGACUCACAACUCAUCGUGUCCUCUGCCAGAGCUUUGCGGUACUGUGAGGAUAUGAUUCAGCGAUACAGCAGGGCGUUAAACAACAGCUCUCUGUCUCUGUCGGGAGCCGCGCUACCCCACUGCAGCUUCAGUAACGUGGGCAAAGCCGUGGAGGACUGCAUGAGGGCCAUAAUAGGAGUGCUGCUCAACCUGACUCACGACAACGAGUGGGGGAGCACUAAGACAGGUGAGCAGGAACAGCUAACCACAACCGCUUUGAAUUGUGUCCUCCGAGUUCCACGCUACAUCCCCCAGGAGCAGCGCUUUGACGUGCGAGUGCUGGGUCUGGGCCUCCUAAUCAACCUCGUGGAGUACAGCGCCAGAAACCGCCACUGCCUGGUGGACAUGGAGUACAUGGUGGACGAAUCCAGUCUGGAAGACAGCCUGCUGCAGCCCGCUGACCCAACAAAUUCCGACGCGGCGUCGGCCCCUCCGAGCACGGCUGACACUCAGGGAGACGGUGCUGUGAAGCCCAGGCCCUCCGGUGCCCUGGCUGCUCUGGUGCAGCUCUUCCUGGAGAGGGAGCGCGCUGCCAUCCAGGCUGAGGCUAAAACUGACGACCUCAUCAGCGAGGCGCCCAAGCCGGCACUGGACCAAAGCGGCGAGUGGCAGGAGACGUCAGGAGAGAUCCAGUGGGUGGCAGCCGAACCCAACGACAGCCAACCUGAGAAUAAAGAUAAUGAGAAGAAAGAGGAGGAGGACGAGGAGCUGGAUCUAAAUAAAGCUCUGCAGCAUGCAGGCAAGCAUAUGGAGGACAGCAUCGUAGCCUCUUACAUCGCUCUGCUGCUGGGCUGCCUGUGCCAGGGAAACCAGACAAAUGUGACUACUGUGAGAGAGAAUCUACCCAAAGGGGAUUUCUCCAUCAUGACAGAAAUGCUGAAGAAGUUCCUGAGCUUCAUGAACCUCACUUGUGCGAUGGGCACCACAGGACAGAAGUCCAUCACGCGGGUCAUCGACUACCUGGAGCACUGUUAACAGACAGCCAGACAGGGGUGUCACGUGCGGCACGUUAAAGGGACGCCAGGUCAGAAGGCACCAGGGUGGGAGGAGCAGGGGGGGGGGGUCGGGGGGUGGUGGUGUUGUUGAUGGAGGGGUCUGACUCAGCCGCGCUCCCCUCGACACCCCGCUGGAUCAGCCGAUGAAGCUGAAAAGAUCUCACCGAAUGGUUUCCCAUGACGACGUGUGACCACCCAACAGUAGAAGUCCCCCAGUCCCCCCCCCACCCCCCCAAAGAUGGACUCUUCUUGGGUCUGACGGCAACGAGCUACUGAAGCCGGGGUCUCCUGCCUGGUCUCGACUCCGGGUCACUUAGCUGCAGGGUGAACCUCUGGCUCAUUACGUUUUAAUCAUCGAAGCUAAGGGUGAAAUCAUUGAUUAGCAUGAAAGAGACAACAGCAACAAUCAUUUUCACAGAUGUUAGAAAGACGUCUGUGGAAACGUGUGGAAUGAUUUUAAAAGGUUACAUCCAUUUAACUAAAUGUUUGCAGUUGGCUUGAAUGUUUAAGGGAAUCUUUUAAUCUUUUGAUAUUUUUUUUUUUUAGCAAAUGAUUGUGCCCGUUAGCAAGCUCCUCUAUAUUUCUUUUUUCCUUUUAAGGCAUUUUUUUUCUCAUCUGAAUUAUUAACAACUUUAAAAGGAAUCACAACUGAUGGAAUGUUCUAGAUUGACUCAUGAGGGCACCUGGAAAUGACCUUCCACACAUUAUCUUCUCACAUACGACUUAAAUCUUUUAAAAUUCCAAUUCAGAGUAUGUAAGUAAAGUGCAUUCACUCACUCAAAAAAAACAUGAUUUUUGUGAUUCCUGUUGAAUUCCUAAUGAAGUUCAUUUCUUUCUCUUUUAUUUUUUAAAAAUGUAUUUAAUUUAAAUGUCUCCUUGUUCAUAAAUGCCGAGUCUUAACCCAUUGAAAUGCCAUUGUUUCACAUCACGUUUUGAUCGGAUGUGUCCCCACGGCUCAGCGGCUGGGGGGACACGCAACGGACUUACAGGCUGAAUCAUGGUCUCGCCACGCUUUGCCCUCAUUGCAUCGGGAUGUGAUGGCUUUGGGGGGAAAAAAAGGUUCAUCGGCGCCCAGUUAUUUAUUCUUUGCCUGUCGCUCCUCCUGUGACGAUGCUCAUGGACCUUCAGGAGGCCUCGUGCCUCUUACUGCUCACGCGUACCGUCACUGGUUUGAAUGACAGCCGUACCCGUGUAAUCUGGUUUGUGGUCACUGGUAAUUACUUUGCAAAGAUCUGGUCCGGAGGGAAUUGUAGAAUGUAAAUACUCCUGUACAUAGCGAUUAAUGGACAUUCAAAGAAACUAAAUGCUUAGACUACUUUUUUCCCUGAAGCUGAUAUUUUUUAUUUUAUAUAUUUCUGAGUUGUCAUUUGGAAAAACAAAAAAAUUGCAGGAAGAGGAUUAAAAAAAAAAAAAAAAAGUUUGUACCCGUUUCAAGGACAUUGUCUUUGGUUACAUGUAAAUAGUUGUAUCUCCAAAAAGAAAAAAAAAAAGUUGCUACUUU